AUGUCUCCCAACUGGGACCUCUACAAGAUCCCCCAAGUCCUUGGCCCCUUGAGAGGCAUCUGGUUCAACAACAGUGCUGGAGAGGAGGUCUCUUUGACCAAAGAUAGCAAAAGACCAGAUGCAGCUCACUGUGUUCAGUGCCCAGAAGAACAACAUCCAAAUGUGAAGCAGGAUCAGUGCAUCCCCAAGAAGAUCCACUUCCUUUCCUACAAAGAGACACUGGGGAUCACUUUAGCUUCUCCUGGGCUUUCCUUGUCGCUAAUCACACUCCUGGUUCUUUCGACCAUCAUUAACUAUCAGGAGACACCAAUUGUCAGAGCCAACCAUCGCAGUCUCACCUACAUCCUCCUUAGUUCCCUCCUCCUUUGCUUCCUCUGCCCCUUCCUCUUCAUUGGCAGGCCUAUGAGGUUCACCUGUCUUCUCCAACAGGUGUCUUUUGGUGUGAUCUUUUCUGUUGCUAUUGCCACCAUUUUGGCAAAGACAGUCACAGUGGUGCUGGCCUUCAUGGCCACCAAGCCUGACAAUAUUGCAAGGAAGCUCUUGGGGAGACCUCUGACAACCUCGAUUGUCUUUUGCUGUCCCCUCCUCCAGGCUGUGAUUUGUGCUGUCUGGCUGCUGACCUCUCCCCCAUUCCCAAACUCAGAUUUCCACUCCUUGACUGGGGAAAUCAUUGUGCAAUGCCAUGAAGGCUCCUCUGUGAUGUUUUACUGUGUCCUGGGUUACCUGGGCUCCCUGUCCCUCAUCAGCUUCACGGUGGCUUUCCUAGCAAGGAAGUUACCUGGCAGCUUCAACAAAGCCAAGUUCAUCACCUUCGGGAUGCUGAUGUUUUACAGUGUGUGGGUCUCCUUUGUGCCCACCUACCUGAGCACCAAGGGGAAGACCAUGGUGGCUGUGGAGAUCUUCUCCAUCCUGGCCUCUGGGGCUGGCCUCCUGGGUUGCAUCUUUCUCCCCAAAUGCUACAUUAUUUUGCUGAGGCCCAAUCUGAACACCAGGGAUCAUCUUGUAAGGAAAAGAACAAUAAUCAGGAGCUACCAGCACAGCCAGGCUUUGGCAUUUGCAGUCACUGAGAUCAACAAGGAUCCCACCCUCCUUCCCAACAUGACGCUCGGCUUCCACAUCUAUGACAACCAGGACCUGGUCACGCUAAUGAAUAAGAAUAACCUCCUGUUGCCGUGUACACAGCGGAAACUUGUCCCCAAUUAUAAAUGUGACAAGCGGGGUCAACUACUCUCUGUUAUACAGGAUUUUGACUCAGAAUCUUCAUCAGACUCUGCGGCCUUAAUGAGCAUCUUGAAGAUCCCAGAGGUAAAUGCAUUCAUCUGGAGAUAG